GGAGGUGUUUCUGAAGGCAUCACGGUGGGCUGGGCGCCGCUGCGUGUCGUAACCGCUCCCUCCUCUCUCAGCUCCAGCUUUCAGUCUCAUUUCUUUACGUCGGGAAGAUCAGCUGGUGUUUACGUCAAUGAAACAGCAGCGGCGUGUGAGAAAGGGAAAGCGACUGCGGCGUGUGUUUGGGAAAUCAGACUCAAACGAUGGACAGUGAACGCUGACGGAGGCGCACAGAUCUGCACCGAGGACUUAAACUCACCUGACUGAACUCUGAGAAAAGGAAACCUGGACACAAAAACCAGAAGACAUUUCCAAGAGCGAUUGAGAUUCACUCCAGCCAAAGCCCAGCUAGGCCAUGCUCACGCAAUGACCACUACAAUGGUUCGGGCUGUAAUGUUGACAGUCCUGAUGCAUAUUUCCCUGGUGCCCCAUGGUGCUCAGUGUUUGGAGCCGGAGGAGGGAGCCUCCAUCUAUUCAGAUGCCCUGGACGUCCCAUGGCAUGAUGAGCUGUGCUGUGACUCACCUUCAACCCAUCUCACUGCGGAGGGAGAUGAGAAGCUUGCACCGGAGACAAACCGCUCUGAAUCAAACCUCCCACACUAUUAUCGCUGCAACUUCAGGAGCUUGACAACCAAAUCACAUCCUCAUGAGCCCUCUGCCGGCACCUGUUUGGACAUACUGUGCAGAAUUGAUGAAAACUGGGAAAAUUUAACUUGUGACCUUCAGUUUCACGGUCCACCAUCAACCACGCUGAAUGCUGGUCUUAUGGCAUUUAGCUUACAGCGUCUAUUGUCCCAGAAAGAGGACACAGAGGUGAACGAUGGGAAUCCUGCAUCUGACAAUCCUGUUUUCUGUGAAGCGGAGGAUUCCUUCACGUGUUCAGUCGCUCUUGACAGAACAACAACCUUUGUCACCAUGGUAACCCUCAGCAUCUCCAACGCCGUAGCUCCACCAGUCCUCCUCAGAAUUCCUGCCCGACCUGUGAAACCAAGUCCUCCAGUCAACCUGUCACACAUCCAGACCAUUGAGGCAGAACUGAUUUUACACUGGGACGACCCAUCAGACUCUGAUAUUGGUCCGCUGAGAUACGAGGUCCGAUACUCCUCCAACACCACUCAUCCAGCCUGGCAGGUGGUGUCUGCACCUGGAGAGCCCAGGUCGUCUCUGGAUCUGAAACCCAGACUGAACUACACCAUCCAGGUUCGCUGCUCCAGCCUGGACAAGCCUCCAGUGUGGAGCGACUGGAGUGAACCUCACCACAUCUACCUGGACACGGUGAGCUACAUCCCUGAGAAAGUGGUGGCGCGACCAGGGGAGAACGUAACAGUGUACUGUGUGUUCAACGACCACAACAUCAACUCCAGCACGGCCAUGUGGAUGCUCAACUUCGAACAGCGGCUUCAUCGCAGCCAGUACCACCCAGUCAACCAAUGGGUCAGCCAGAUCACAGUGCGUCCUUCAGAGACUCGGAUGUAUGACCUGCUGCAGUGCACUCAGGAGUGGACCAUUCCAUACAGCCAGAUCUAUGUAGAAGGAGCUUCUAUUGAUAUAAACUGUGAAACCAACGGUGAUAUCGACGCUAUGGACUGUAGCUGGAAGAACACACAGUGGACUGAACCCAAAUUCAGAUCCAGGUGGGCUGACCUGCCAUGUGAUGUGAUGGAGGAGAGGGAGAGAGCGGGUAAGAACGUGGGGGAGAUGGGGCCUGCUUGCCUGCAGGUCCGAUCCAGGCACAAGACCUGCACCAUCCAGCCUCUGAGGAUGAACUGCUACAAGCUGUGGCUGGAAGUACCAUCCCGACUGGGCCCAAUCAGGUCUAAACCCAUCUACCUGUCUCCCAUAGAUCAUGUGAAACCCCACACACCCACAAACGUGAAGGCAGUGAGCCGAAGCAGUGGGGUCCUGAUGGUCACAUGGGAGCCUCCGUCUCUGCCAGUCGAGGGGCUCCAGUGUCAGUUUCGGUACGUCUCAUCACCAUCCGCUGUGAGAGCCCAGCCGGAGUGGAAGGUCCAGAGUCCAGUGCGGGUGCCAUGGGCGGAGGUUGCAGUCUCCGUCAUGUGCCAGGUGUAUGUGGUACAAGUACGCUGCAUGCACACCAACGGCACCGGCUACUGGAGCAAAUGGAGCAAAUCGGUCUACUCCACACCUCAAAACAGCAGAGCUCCUGAGCGUGGCCCUGAUUUCUGGAGAAUUCUUCAAGAUGAUCCAUACAGAAACCAGACUAAUGUCACUCUGCUAUUUGAGAAUCUCCAAAUAUCAGGGCACUCAUACUGUGUGGAUGGAUUUAUAGUCCAGCACCAGGCCUCGAGUGGCUUGGUGAUGAGGGAGCAGAUCGAGCUGGUGUCCUCUUACAGCUUUGAGUGGAACCAACUUCUCCAAACUGUGACUGUGGAGGCCUACAAUAGUCUGGGGAGCUCCACUAACAACAUCAACAUGACACUGGAGAGGCAGCCCAAACGCCACUGUGUGCGUUCAUUCAGUGUGUUGGCUAUCAACAGCACCUGUGUGUCUCUGUCCUGGAGCCUGUUGGACAACAGCUCCGUACCUCUGUCCAUGGUGGUCCAGUGGUCUCCGCAGAGGCAACAGGACUGUGAUCAUCACCAAGGCCAAAGUGGAGAAAAAUGGGCCAGACUGCCUUACACUGACCGUCCCAUCUAUCUAAGAGGUGAUUUCUUUGGCUCUGAGGAGUGUGGCUUCUACUUGUACCCUGUGUUUGCUGAUGGAGAAGGGGAGCCAGUGUACGCUUUAGUUACAGCCACUAGAGGAGACCCUGCAGCCUACAUGAUGCUGAUGAUCAUCUCCUUCCUCUCCAUCGUCCUGUUUGUCACCCUGGUCCUCUCCCAAAACCAGAUGAAAAAGUUUGUGUGGAAGGAUGUGCCCAACCCAAACAAGUGCUCCUGGGCAAAAGGACUAGACUUCAAAAAGGCUGACACCUUUGACUACCUGUUCCGACCUCCAGAAGGCCUGUCAGCCUGGCCACUGCUCCUGCCCUCUGAGAACAUUUCCAAAGUCGUCAUAGCGGACAAGGUUGAUCUCUCGGCUCUGACUACAGUCCAAGCCCCACUUGUGUCCCUAACUCCCGCCCCAGCCACUGCCUUAUCUAUCUCCCUACCGCCAGGGUUUGACUCAGAGGUCGACCAAGCCCAACCCAUGGAGAAUGAAGUGCUCCUGGAUGGAGCUCCUUCCUUUGUACUUAAUCUGGAUGCUUUAACCAGUUCAAGCCCAAGAAUAGAUCAGUUACUGUUAGUCGACCCCCCAGCAGACCAGCCCCCAGGCAGCACAGACAGCUCUGCCCAGUCUUCAGUCACAUACGCCACUGUGCUGCUCUCUGAUCCGAAGCAGGAGCAGCAGCCCAUUCAUCUCCACUACAAGGAUGGUAGUGGCAGCAGCUCCAGCGAUGAGGGCAAUUUCUCUGCCAACAACUCAGACAUUUCUGGAUCUUUCCCCGGUGGCCUGUGGGAGCUGGACGACCCGCGGCGCUCCUGCUCUUACAACUCUGUGGAGGUGCUUUCUGAAACAUCAGAGCAAGAAGACGAAGAGGAGGUGAGAGAAGAGAAGGACUUGUAUUAUCUAGGAAUGGACUGUCCAGCGGAGGAUGAGGAAAGCGAGGAAGACGAGGAGCAGAGAGAAGAGGAGACAAAAAUUGAGCUGCUUAAAAAUGUAGUUUUGAACAGAGAGGACUGUUCUGUGGCGUCGCACCCUUUGCUCGGCCCUGAGGACUUGAGCAAGCUGCAGUCAGCUGCAAUGCCUGACUUUUCUCCGCUGUACCUGCCUCAGUUUAGAACUGCUCAGUGCACAAGGCAACUCACAGCUCAGCCACAAGAGUCAACCCGCCCGUGACUCUCACACAGACCGCAUUUAAAUGAAAAUGUGCACCAUCCGUUGUGUCGUGGACUGCGUCAUGAUUCAGCGUUUACCAAAGUGGAUUUGCAUAUGUUCCUUCAGACAUAGAGAGGUGUGGAGUAGGAAAAUGUAAAAAUACCUCGACUCAUGAAUAAUUGCAAAUUGAUAUUCAUCAAUGCUGCUAUUGUGUUCUGGGGUAAAAGACAUCAGGAGGGCACAAGCCUUGUUUAUAGGCAUUUCUUUCUUUCUUUAUGGGGCUUUAAAACCCAGACUCUACUGUGCCACACUGCUCCUCUGCAAUCAGUUACUGAUGCAGGAGCACCUGCUGAGAACAUUGAACUCACAUAUUUUCAAUGGAGGUUAGGCUAGUGGAAUAAUGUACAGUUAAUGCUCAGAGAGGGCAGCAGGCAGACUGUACAAGCAGUAUAUUAGCCAUCAGGAAGGAAGCAAUAGAAGAGGUAGGCAUCUUGUGGCUUCAAACAUCCUAUACAUAAAGCAUGUUUCACCGAUGGCCAUACCUUAGAUGCAUAUAAAAAACAUGUGGAAAUGCUGCGUGUGCCUACAUUCACUCAUUUGCUCCCACCGUAAUAUAGAAAACAAGUUGUCUUUCAUUCUCUGCUGACUUAAUACGGCCACAUGUUUAGUGAAACAUGGAAGAGGUUCAAAGAGAAUAAAUACACAGAAAGAGAGAGAGAGAAAAGGCCCAUAAUCUGCACAGUUUUGGUUUCCUCAAAGCAUGUUAGACUGUGAAGUGAAGGCAAACUUUGGCUGUCCCUUCAAAGCUAUUGGUGUGGCUAAAUGAAACCAGGUAAUGAUGAAAACAGAUGUCUGUGAGUAAUUUCGGGUGAUUUUGAGAAUUUACUGCAUUUGUAGGCAGCUUGCACAACAACAUCUGCAUGGACUAACUCAUCCACCAACCAAAAGAAUGUCUUUUUGUACUUUGUGCUGUAAUGUAUCUGAGACUCUGUUACAGUUUGUGAGAAAUGUGAUUUUUCUGUUAUUGGCCAUUAACAUAAACACCUGCUGUCUGGUGUAAAUAAAAAACAAAAUAAUAUAUAUUUGAAACCAGAGGAAGACAAAUUAAAAGUUCUAAAAAUAUUGAAACAUGGUUGACAGAAAUUGUUAUUGUAUAUUGAGAUAUUGUGUCUAUUUUUCAUGGUGAAAAUAAAGUGUUUAUUGUGA